ACACAUCAGCGAUCAUGUCGCUAACGGUGGAGCUGUUCGAUCUUCCGGCACACCAGUUCCGGAUGUUUUGGGGCGCAUCCGGCAGCCUGUGGCAAUCGCUGUGGGACCGCUUCCUAGACCUAACCGGUGAUAAUCCACUCGCCCUUUGGACCGUCGGCUCGUACGUGUACACCUCGCUGAUUUACUGGAGUAUCGGGCUCGUCUACACGCUGUUCGAUGUUACCGGGCGGCCCGGAUUUUUGCGCCGCUACAAGGUACAGCCCGGCACGAACGAACCGGUCGACAGUGGCCGACUGCGCACCGUCAUCCGGCAGGUGCUGUUCAAUCAAUUCUGUACCGGAUUCCCGCUUCUCUUUCUGAUGUACUAUCUGCUACCGGCACAAACGCGCGACAAUGUGCGCGAGCUGCCCACCUUCCUUACCGUCGUCUGGCAGCUGGCCGUGUGCAUUGUGAUCGAGGAGAUAAUGUUCUACUACAGUCACCGAUUGCUGCACGAUGGGCGCAUCUACCGGUACAUCCACAAGCGGCACCACGAAUGGACGGCCCCGAUCGCCAUUACCGCGAUGUACGCGCAUCCGAUCGAGAAUGUGCUGAGCAAUCUGCUACCGAUUGCGGUCGGUGUGUGGACGACCGGGUGUCACAUAUCGGUCGCAUGGCUAUGGUUUACGAUUGCCAUCUCGAACACGCUGCACGUACACUCGGGCUACCAUCUACCAUUUCUGCCCAGCCCUGAGCAGCACGAUUUUCAUCAUUUGAAGUUCAACCAGUGUUACGGUGUUUUGGGUGUGCUUGACUGGCUGCACGGAACAAACGAUAUGUUUCACCGUUCCAAACAGGCUAAGCGCGAUUACAUUCUGACCAAACUGGAACCGGUACGAGAAACCCAUCCCGACCAGUAAAGAAAA